AUGGACACCGCCGCGAGCACAUUGGAGGAAGUGGACAAGCUCAUUACACACUUUGGAGAUAAUUACCCACCAAUCGACAACAACAACAAGUCGGAGCAGCAGGACGACGCUGAAAAUCAAAAUCAAAAGAUUCCACGCUUGUUUUCGCCGCCAGGAUUAGAAGAACAAUUUAAGGAUGUUAGAUCCGUAUUGCUGCCCUGUUUGACGUCCACGUCUUCCUUUUCCAAGGACAAAGUUUCGUCAACGGCAUCAGUGGUCUUGAUUGGUGAUCGAGGGAGUGGAAAGUCGUUGCUACUAGAGAGAUGUCUCCAGGCUUGCCAAUACGAAUACCCGGAUGCCGCCAAGUUUCGAAGGAUCCACAUUAAUGGGAUUGUGUGUCGAGGAUCGGACGUUUCCGCAGUGGUGUACGAGAUGAUUCGACAAUUGUCAGACCUUGGGUUCAAAGAAGAGGAGGAAGCAUUGGCGAAUGAUAGUGUUGCUGUCUCACCAGCAGCUGCAAUGGCUGACAAGCUUGAGGAAGAAACUCCCUCCAAACGCCGAAAACUCAACAACAAUGAAGACAAGGACAAGUACGAUCUUCGACUCCGAAAGUCUAAUUUUACAUCCAACUUGGCCCUUUUGGAAACUAUGCUAAAUAUCGCGGCCAAGGACAAGAUACCAGUCUUGCUGAUUCUGGACGAGUUUGAAGCUUUCACGGCACGAGAUGAAAAACGACAGGUUCUUUUGUAUCAUUUGUUGGAUCGAGUGGCCACACCCAAUUCGAGUUUGUGUCUAGUGGGACUGACUUCGUCUUUUACAGUUUUGCAAAGUUUGGAAAAGAGAAUCAAAAGUCGCGCAGAAGGAGUAACCCAAGUUGUCUUUGUCCAGCAUCCCAGUACCUACGAGGAGCUUACUUCGGUUCUAAAGCACAAGAUAGGUCAUCGAUCCAAUGAUACUAAUAUUAAUAUUGGCAAGGCAAUUCUUCCAUUGCUAUCCAAGCCCACAAUUGUGGAUGACAACAACAACAACAACAACGAUAAGGACAAGAACGACAAGAAACACAACAAAUUGCAUUCGAAGCUUUGGUCGGUAUUGGAACAUGAGUUUCGCAUCGGCAAGGAUGUCCGAUGGUUUUGUCGCGUCAUUUUGGCGGCACUAUCGUUGUACCGUCACGAUGUCAUGAUGGUGACCACUAGUAACGAUGGUGCACCACCACCAAACUUUGGACCAAAUCAUUUGCUGGAAGCUCUUGCCAUGCUGGGUGUUCCAGUCUGGUCCAAUGAAAUUGGGACGUCCAACAAAUUGGACUUGUUUUCAAUUGGCGAAAAGGCCAUGGACUUGAGGUUUCAAGCUCUUUUGGAUUUGCCACAAUCCCAAGUGGCUCUGCUCUUGGCGGCUCGACGUAUUCUUACGAGAGAGGCACAUCGAGAACAAGCCGUGACGGCACCUCUAACGAUUCAACGAAUGCUGAAUGAAUAUUCCAAUUCCUUUCGCCGUGGGCGGUCUGACUCGUCCAUGCUUCCAGCUGCGAGACAACUCUUGCACCAAGGUCUCUUGAUUCCCUCCAAUGAACAUUCGGGAGGAGCCCCGCUUCAAUAUUCUAUAUCAGGAAAGUACAAGAAUUUGGAUCCCUAUUCAUUGAUUCGAUUGCCCCUGCACUUUCCGAUUGAAAUUGAUCGAGAACUGGGUGAAGCGUUGAACAUGAGCCUAUUGGAUUGUUCCACUGCACUCCGAGAGUGGGGACGCAAGAUCAACUAA